UUAUGGCGUUAGAAUUCCGAAGUCUCUAUUUAUUGAACAUUAUCCUGAUGUUAGCCUUUUUUUCUCCUUCCUUUUACACCCAACCCGGGAGGAACCAGAGGUCCAGAACCAGAAACUUAACAGAUAUGUUUCUUCAUGUGUAGAGAGAGAAAAAAAGGAGUCUUGAACGUGUUUGACUUUUUAACAGGACCCUGGAAGCUUCUGCUGCUUCAUUUUCCUCAUCCAUUGACCCCCAUUGUUGUUCAAGUUUGAGCUCAUUUUCUUCAGAAAUUACCACUGGAGUUUGCUUGUUAUCUACGUUUCGUCUGCAAAGCCUCGCGAUUAAUUAUUCACCAAAGAGAAGUAGGAAAUAGUGGUACCAAUGGCCGGGGGACAGCCGAGUUCAUCCGCAGGUACUCAAAAUGCUGGACAAUCUAGUGCUACAGUUGAGGGUUCCAUUUCAGUGACUAAAGUGCAAGAGGAAGGAUCAUCGACCGACGCCGUUUCUAAAGAAAGGAAAGAGCCUGCGGACAAGUGGAUGGCUUUCGGAGGAGAGGCUUCCGGCAAGUCCAACAUCGGAAGCUUUGACGACUCCAUCAAAAACUUGAAUGGCGGUGGAAAAGAUCCAAAUGGGAAGUCCUCUCAUAGAAUUCUAACUGAAGCCAGCAUAGCUGAAAGAACUGCAGAAUGGGGUCUUGCAUUGCAGACAGAUGCUGGAGAUGGUAGUUUCAAAGUGAUCAGCAAAACGAUGAAGCCGAGUGGAGAAGGCAAUCCCAACAAAUACUCAUUAGACAAAUUUUCGGUUGGAUCGGCAAGGACGUCAGAUGAAUCAAGUUGUGGAUUGGAACAAGUUCCUAGGGUGUCACAGGAGCUGAAGGAUGCUUUGGCAACCCUGCAACAAACCUUUGUUGUAUCCGACGCCACAAAACCCGACUGCCCUAUAAUGUAUGCAAGCAGCGGAUUUUUCACCACGACCGGCUAUUCCGCAAAGGAGGUCAUAGGAAGAAAUUGCCGUUUUCUACAAGGACCGGACACGGACCAGAAUGAGGUCGCCAAGAUCAGAGAUGCAGUUAAGAAUGGAAAAAGCUAUUGUGGCAGGCUCUUGAAUUACAAGAAAGAUGGAACUCUUUUCUGGAAUCUACUCACUGUGACUCCCAUAAAAGAUGAUAAUGGGAAAACCAUCAAAUUCAUUGGAAUGCAGGUGGAGGUCAGCAAAUACACAGAAGGUGCCGUUGAAAAGGCAUUGAGGCCUAAUGGACUGCCACAGUCGUUAAUUCGUUACGACGCUCGUCAGAAGAAUAAAGCUUUAGAUUCCAUCACAGAGGUUGUCCAAACAGUGAAACACCCUCAAUCCCACAUUCAAACAAGUAAUGAUGCCACUAACAAGCUUGAAGAGUCUGAAAAAUUCAACCUUGAUUAUGUUCUGCCUAAAUCUGCUGAAAUUGAGAACAGUAGUGCCCAUGGGAGAUAUACUCCUCGGUCCGACAUCAGUGCUGCUACUCCUAUGCAGGAUAUUGACAAGAAAGAUCGAAAAUCAGUGCACAUUUCUUUAGUUGGGUCAAAAGGCAGGUCUUCCAGCUCUGAAGCCAUACAGGAAAAACAACCAAUUGUCGAACCAGAGGAGUUAAUGACCAAAGACAUCGAACACACCGACAGUUGGGAACGUGCUGAAAGGGAAAGGGACAUACGCCAAGGAAUUGAUUUAGCAACAACAUUGGAACGCAUCGAAAAGAACUUCGUUAUCACCGAUCCUAGACUCCCUGAUAAUCCCAUUAUAUUUGCAUCUGAUAGCUUUCUUGAAUUGACUGAAUUUACACGAGAGGAAAUCUUGGGAAGGAAUUGCAGGUUUCUUCAAGGACCUGAAACAGAUCAGGCGACUGUCUCAAAGAUAAGAGAUGCUAUCAGAGAACAAAGGGAAAUCACUGUUCAGUUGAUCAACUACACAAAGAGCGGCAAGAAAUUCUGGAAUUUAUUUCACUUGCAACCUAUGCGUGACCAUAAGGGUGAACUUCAAUAUUUCAUAGGCGUCCAACUUGAUGGAAGUGAUCAUGUCGAACCCCUACGAUACCGCCUCUCUGAGCAGACAGAGCUACAAAGUGCAAAGUUGGUUAAAGCCACAGCAGAAAAUGUCGAUGAAGCAGUUCGCGAACUUCCUGAUGCCAAUUUGAGACCAGAAGAUUUGUGGGCAAUCCAUUCUCAACCAGUCUUCCCAAGGCCUCACAAAAGAGAUAGUCCUUCAUGGCUAGCAAUUCAGAAGAUCACUUCUCGUGACGAAAAAAUUGGGCUGCAUCAUUUUAAACCCAUAAAACCUUUAGGCUGUGGUGACACUGGCAGUGUUCAUCUGGUGGAACUGAAAGGUACUGGAGAAUUAUUUGCUAUGAAGGCAAUGGAGAAGUCCGUAAUGUUGAACCGUAACAAGGUUCAUCGAGCAUGCGUUGAAAGGGAAAUCAGCUCACUCCUGGAUCAUCCUUUCCUUCCCUCUUUGUACACCUCUUUUCAGACUCCCACACACGUCUGUUUGAUAACGGACUUUUGCCCUGGUGGCGAGUUAUUUAACUUGCUCGAUAAACAGCCUAUGAAAUUCUUCAAAGAAGAUUCUGCAAGGUUUUAUGUAGCAGAGGUUGUCAUUGGUCUGGAAUAUCUUCAUUGUCUAGGAAUCAUAUAUCGGGAUCUGAAGCCGGAAAAUAUUCUACUGCAGAAAGAUGGACAUGUUGUGUUAACGGACUUUGAUUUAUCAUUUAUGACUCCCUAUAAGCCCCAGGUUUUAAAACAUCCUUUGCCUAAGAAGAGAAGGAGAUCCAGGAAUCAACCUCCUCCAACGUUUGUUGCAGAACCAACUACGCAGUCGAAUUCAUUUGUCGGAACUGAAGAAUACAUUGCUCCGGAAAUCAUUACAGGUGCUGGACACAGUAGUGCAAUCGAUUGGUGGGCACUGGGUAUUUUGCUGUACGAGAUGCUGUAUGGGCGUACGCCUUUCAGAGGUAAAAACAGGCAGAGGACUUUCUCCAACAUCAUGCAUAAGGACCUUACCUUCCCAAGCAGCAUUCCCGUUAGUCUUGCAGCGAGGCAGUUGAUUAAUGCAUUGUUGAACCGAGAUCCAGGCAGCCGGUUGGGGUCGACUACAGGUGCCAAUGAAAUAAAAGAACACCCUUUCUUCCGUGGCAUCCAUUGGCCUCUUAUACGCUGCAUGAGUCCACCGCCAUUAGAGGUGCCACUUGAAUUAAUAGGGAAAGACAGUGACGCCAAAGAUGUAAAUUGGGAAGAUGAUGGGGUGCUCCUUACUUCUAUCGACAUGGAUCUUUUGUAAAGUUUCCACCAAUGAAUCCUACA